AGGAGGGGAGGAGAGAGCCGGGUACAAACCAAAGCGGAAUGGCCGGUGGUAGACGCGGACUUCCCUGCAGCCUGACGCGUAGGCGCGAAUACGCGGCUAUGAGGAGCGCGAGAAGGGCGAGUCAACGCCGGAACGCCGGAAACCCCCCAACAUCCCCAGACAUCGUUCUCUCUCGAUCUCUCGAUCAGCGCUCCUUCCCUCAUCCCUCACCUGCAUCUGCUAAACUCAACAGGAGGGUCAUGGUCAAGCCAUAGACAGGUAGGCUCCCUCUGACAUCUCUCAUCUCCCUUCUCCCAUCGCCCACUUCACCAUGCCUCUCCUCUUCCCAAAACUGCCGGUGCAUCAAGUCUUCGGCGCUAACACGGAUGUCGGCAAGACGCUGCUGACCACUGCCCUCAUCCGUUCCGCUGCCAGCCGCAUGCAGGGCGAUGGAAAGAUCUUCUACCUCAAACCCGUGUCCACUGGCCCCGAGUCGGAUUCGGACGAGGCCUUCGUGCGGAGGCACACCUCGCCAUAUUCCCAUAUCGUCAACACGCGAUGCUUGUACCAGUACCGCGAGCCAAUGAGUCCGCACCUAGCCGCCCAGCUUGCACCCGACCUUCCCUUUCCAAAGAGCAACGACGUGCUCGCUCGCGGCGUGCAGGACUACAUCCGCGCCGCGUCUCUCUCUGGCCCAGGCCACGUCUUCGUGGAGACGGCGGGCGGAGUCCACUCCCCCGCCCUGCAUCCUCCACACACGCAAGCUUCAUCACUGCGCGCGCUGCGCCUCCCAGCCAUCCUCAUCGCCUCCCCGCACCUCGGCGGCAUCUCCACCACUCUCUCCUCGUACGAGUCGCUUCUCUUGCGCGGGUACGAUGUCGCCGCAGUCCUCUGCCUGCAUGAUGCGUAUUAUCGUAACGACGACUUUCUGCGACCGUAUUUCACCGAGCGCGGCAUCGGGUUUUGGGACGUCGCGCGGCCGCCAGAGAAGCGCGGGACUGUCGAUGAGGACGCCGCGCGUCUGGGCGAAUGGUAUGCUUCCGUGGAAGCCGAGGUGGACGGGGAGGAAGGUGGUGGAGUGGGCGGCGCUGUAAAGCACCUUGAGGAAUCGCAUGACGCGAGGGUCAAGAGAAUCGAGGGGAUGCCGCGGCGUACCCUCGACACUGUGUGGUGGCCGUUUACGCAACACGGACUCGUGAACCGCGAGGACCAAGUGAUGGUGAUUGACUCUGCGCAUGGCGAUCACUUCGAUGCGUACUAUGCCCAGGCCUCAAUGGCACCAGAUUCCUCUGCGGAAACGGAGGGUGGGGAGCAGGAGAGUCUCCUCGAGCCCUACUUCGACGGCGCCGCCUCCUGGUUUACCCAGUCGCACGGGCACGCUUCUGAGCCUUUGACGCUCGCUGCGGCGGCGGCGGCGGGGCGAUACGGGCACGUACUCUUCCCGUCGGGCACGCACGCGCCCGCUCUGGAGCUGGCGGAGAAGCUCCGAUCGACGGUCGGGAAGGGGUGGGCCGAUCGUGUGUUUUACAGUGACAACGGAAGUACGGGAAUUGAAGUUGCACUGAAAAUGGCUCUCCGAGCCUCGGGGCGGCGAUAUGGCUGGGAAGGGGAAAUUGGGGGCGAUGUUGGUGUCCUGGGGCUCCGGGGUGGCUACCAUGGGGACACGAUCGGAGCCAUGGACGCAACACCGGCGAGCACGUUCAACACCGCUGUGGAUUGGUACAAAGGUCGAGGUCACUGGUUCUCACCCCCUGCGGUGUUGGUUCAGAACGGCGUUGCGACUGUAUCUACGACCGCGCCAGACAGCUGGGCGCCGCUCCCAUCCUCCACGCCUACAAAGGACGGUUGGGAGUUUAGCUUCGGAUCCCUCGGCGCGGUGUACGACCUUACUGCGCGCCGCGCGUCUCCCAUGGCGACGUAUUACUGCCAACACAUCCGCAGCACGCUUGAGCGCCUAGUCUCUGAGGGACAUCAGUUUGGUGCCCUCGUCCUUGAGCCGACAUGCCUCGGCGCAGGCGGCAUGGUGUUCGUGGACCCCCUGUUCCAGGCUUGUCUCGUAGAUGUGGUCCGGGCGAGCGCGGAUCUAUUCUCAGGCGAGCCCGAUGGCAAGGCGUACGAUGCAGCGCUGGCAGAUCUCGGGGAGCGGGACUCGGCCGCGUGGCAGGGCGUGCCAGUGAUCUACGACGAGGUUUUCUCGGGCCUCCACCGCUUUGGCUACCAUUCCGCGGCCUCCGUCCUCGGCACGACCCCAGACAUAUCUGUGUACGCCAAGAUCCUCACUGGUGGCCUCCUCCCUCUGUCCGCGACGCUCGCGAGCAGAUCGAUUUUCGAUGCCUUCCUUUCUGAGCGCAAGGUCGACGCACUGCUGCAUGGCCACAGUUACACUGCGAAUCCUAUCGGGUGCGCUGUCGCGCUCAAAGCGCUUGAAAUGAUUGCGGACGCUGAGGACGCAAACACAUGGGCCGCGCCCAAAGCGGACUGGGCGACGGAGCGGUGGAGCUUCUGGAGGAAGGCGUUUCUCGACGAUGUGUCGCGUGCCAACGGCGUGCGCGGCGCCAUGGCCAUGGGUACCGUACUCGCUAUCGAGCUGCAGGACGCGGAGGCUGACUAUGCGUCGCAUGUCGCGCAGGCGUUCCUGGAUCGCCUGCGCGCGCAGCGUGUCGAUGGCUUCCGCAUCCACUCGCGCCCGCUCGGCAAUGUCGUGUACAUCAUGACGUCGCUGUUUACUCCCGAGGGGACGGUGCGUGCCAUGGAGGCUGCAAUCUUGCGGGAGCUCAAGUAGGUGCCAGAGCGAUGCAAGGGUGACAGGUGUGGCAGCCGCAUAUGGGGCCGACGAUGGGCUGACAGACUCGAGGGAUGGAGUAGCCGCGGGCGGGUGGAGCCGAGCCGGUGGGAGGGAUCCAGCGGAUGGGACUUGCCCAUGUGCCAGAAAAUGAUGACUGGGCUCAUUGCAUCAUUACCGAAUUUGGGCUGCAUGCUGCAUGCUGUAUAUGCAGUGUGUCCUACGCCGGCGAUGUCGGGCAGGAUGGCUAUGUGGAAACAUCGUAUCACCCCUCAUGCCUUCGUUCCCCGCUCAAAACCAUCGCGUUUCCCAAUGUACCCGUCCUUAUGCCCACUUUCAAUGGUCGCAGUGGAAAAUACUCUGAUUCUCCUCGCCAUGUGUCGGUCCUGCAUCAUAUCCAGAUGUACCAUCUAAUGUAUGAGACAUCUACGUCAGAG